GCGAGCCGGGCGCGGGGCCGCCGGGACUCCGCUAGUGCGCAUGGGCAGGCGUCCUCCUCCGCCCCGGCUGACCCCUUGUUUCCACCGUUGGCUGAAAAACUGGGAAAGCCGUUACCUGAGCGUUACCGGUUGUCGACAUGGCUGAGGAAAAAGAUUGCCUGAGGGGAGUCGUAGAGAAGGACGAGGAGCCGGUGGUGACCAUUACCGGUGGUGCGUACUCUGGGAAGCAGGCGGCGGCGGAGGAGCCGAUGAAGGUGGAAGCGGCGGCGGGGGCUGAUGCCUGCUCUGACGACCUGAGCUGUGGGGAGGCCGACAUCGACCCAAGCCUGCUGGAGCUAGUGGAUGAGGAGAAAUGCCGGAGUAUCCGCAAGCAGUACCGGCAGCUCAUCUAUAACGUCCAGCAGAACCGUGAAGACAUAGUGAACACGGAGGGCGAGUCCUUAACCGAGGCUCUCGAAGAAGCCAACGUCCUGUUUGAUGCAGUGAGUCGAACGAGAGAAGCGGCCCUCGACGCUCAGUUUCUUGUUUUGGCUUCUGCUUUGGGUAAAGAAAAAGCAAAGCAGCUGAACUCUGACAUGAGCCUUUUCAAUCAGGUGGCAUUUUGUGAUUUUCUGCUUAUAUUUGUGGGUCUAAACUGGAUGGAAGAUGAUGGAUGUGAUGCGCUGAGUGACUGUGAUGAUAAUAUAGUUCGCUCUUUUUGGGAGACAGUACAAAAGGAAGCAACGUCGUGGAUGCUGCAAGCUGAAACAUUCCACUUUAUAUUCGGUUCAUUCAAAUCAGAGACUUCCGCGCAGAAGCCCCGACUUGAGCACCGGAAAAAAGUUCACAGAAUGGAAGGAAACGGGGAUAUGCCUACAAAGCUGAGGAAGCUGGACCUGUGUAGUAAUCAAGAAGCGACAGAAAAAGAAGUAGAAAGAAUCUUGGGAUUGUUGCAAACGUACUUUCGAAAGUAUCCUGAUACUCCCGUGUCCUAUUUUGAAUUUGUGAUUGACCCAAACUCUUUCUCUCGUACUGUGGAGAAUAUAUUUUAUGUUUCUUUCAUUAUAAGGGAUGGUUUUGCAAGAAUAAGGCUUGACCAAGACAGGCUGCCAAUAUUGGAGCCCAUUAAUAUUAACCAUGUGGGUGAGGGGAAUGAUUCCAGUUCCCAUUGCAGGAAACAAGGAGUUAUAUCUUUGAGUUUACAGGACUGGAAAAAUAUUGUGGCAACUUUUGAAAUUUCAGAGGCCAUGAUCACAAACUCGUACUAAAGAUUUUUGUUCUUGGUGUAGGAGACAUUUUGUGGCUUUUCUUAAGCAUCUCAAAGGGAGAGUAAAAUCCAAACAGAAGCACAUAUUGUAUCUCUUGUAAAGUGAAAAAGUAUUUUCAAGAACAUCAGAAAUUGUUUCACUGUGCAGUGUAUUUUUCUUGGUAGUUUAUAAAGUUGUCAUUAUCUUCUGUUGCUAAAAAAGUUUCACUGGCAUGUUC